GCGGCGGCUUCGCGCGUGGUGACUUGCACAACCCGAGCGCGCACGCGCGCGCGAACGCUGUGCGCGCGGGGCGUUUUCUGGGACGUUGCACCGUAAUCCCCCCCGUCACCGACCGAAGUUGGACAUGCAUGCAUGGUGAGAGAGCCGGUAUCUCAGGGGGCGACGACUGCGACGCCGCAACUUCAGCGGAGCCGUUGGAGCGGUAAGGAGGAGCCCGCACCGGCGAGAAGACGACAGCCCUGACCUCGAAGUGGCCGCCGCCGAGGAAACAGGGUUACUCCGUUGCGCCACAUUGCCGGCCGACGCCGCUGCGGUUGCUGCUGCACUAUGCUCACACACACAUGCUCUAGCGAGGCCCAAGAGCUGUGCUCCAGCGUUGCAAGAGACGCGUGUCUCAUCCCAUGAGGCGCCGGGGACGACGAAUCUACAGCGCCCAUGUUCGCUUCACUGUCCGCGGACAGAUUCAUCGGCGGCCUGCUGCAGGUUCGCCGUGACGCCGCCACGCAUCUGUUCGCGGCUGCCUGCUUGGUGGCACUGUGGCGAUGGCUUCCCGAAGGCCACGAGUACGGCUGGUCGUACGCGCUGUGGUGGCUGGGAGCCCUGCUGACGCUGCUGGCGCUCACGCUGCUCCUCGGAUGGGUGCUCAACGCUUUCCUGCUACCAAACGCCAAGCUCAGUCCUAAGGGCAAGGCCGUGCUAGUCACAGGCUGCGACCGUGGCUUCGGCCAGCUGCUCGCGAAGCGGCUGGACCAGCAGGGCUACAAGGUGUUCGCCGGCUGCCUCUUCCCGGAGCAGAGCCGCUCGCAGCUGGAAGAAGGCAGCUGGUCGGGACUGCGGGCGGUGCCGCUGGACGUCACCGACGACAAGCAGGUCGCCGAAGCCGUGACUCUGGUCGAGCGGGAACUGGCCGGACAGCACCAGCUGUGGGGUGUCGUGUGCAACGCCGGCGUGAACAUCUACAGCGAGUUCGAGUGGACGAGUCAGCGGCAGGUCAGCUGGAUGUUUGACGUCAACGUCCAUGGCACAGUGCGGGUCACGCGGGCCUUCCUGCCUCUGCUGCGCCGCUCCAGAGGAAGGCUCGUUUUCGUCGCCAGCUACGCAGGCCGUGUGGCUCCCAUGUGGAUCGUGCCGUACGCCAUGACCAAAGCCGCCGUGAUCGCGCUCGCGGACGGCCUCAGGCGGGAACUCGCCCAGUGGGGCGUCGGAGUGUCCACUAUCGAGCCAACCUAUUAUGUGACCGAAAUCAACCCGCGCGUCGAGCAGGACCUGAUGAAGCGUUUCGCCGCCGUGCCGGACCACGUGCGCGCCGCGUACGGCGAGGACUACGCUCGCGACCGCUGUCGGGCCAUGGUGCGCUUCCUGUCCAGGGUGUCUCGGUGCGAGCUGUCCGAGGUCGUGGACGCCAUGGCGGACGCCCUCACCAGGGCGCGCCCCCGGCGCUACUACCGCUGCGACGGCACUGCCGGCUGGCUCCUGGCGCUGCUGCUCUUCAACCUUCCGAGCAUGGUCUCUGACGCCGCGGUCGCCAUGACCUGGAAAUCGCGCUACACUCCCGACGCCCGGGGCGUGCUCCAGAGGGUCCGCAGGCCGGAAGACAAGGUCGCCUAAGCGACCUCCGGCUUUCCUACGCUCUCGCUAGCACUGUAUUCCACCACCCUUUCCCCUUCCAUCCUAGAGAUUGUUUGUUUGACUCAUUGUAUAUUCCUUGGCUGUUGAUCUCUAUCGAAUCGCGUCUCGUCAACAGUGAGGCUUGAUAAGCCCACCGGCUGCGUCGUGAGAUUAAGGUCUCUGAUUAACAACGGCGGAUCGAUCGUGCGCACUUUGCGUGAAAUGCCAGGUGUGUUUUCACCGCGAAGUUGCCAGGUGGAAGUGUAUACAUUCGAACAUUUCGCGCUGCUUAACUAUCGCGCAAUCAUCAUGGCGAAAUUCGAGACUUGGCGACACGAAAAGAGUUAUCUAGGUCGAGGUUACAUCUCCUAACCGAAAAAAGUCUGUAUGGAAAUGCUAUCAGAGACAUUUUAUACGGAGGCGAUCUAAAUUUUGUUGUGCUGCUAUCAUCGGCGAUUGUCAGUGGCGACAAAUAAUCAGAAGCGCCCCGUUUGUAUUGCCUAGGAAACUGUUCUCGUUUGUCGCUGUUACGCGCCAUGCUGCAGCCACUGGCACAAUUUCCUGAAAUUCUUAGCUAUCACACAGAAGGGCUAGCACAUCAAUGAGCACCUACUGCAUAUAAAACAGGAAAACAAUGUAGAAUAGUUUUAUAGCAACAAUUGGGAAUUUCCAUUUCCUUGAGCUGAAAUGCGGUUUACUUGUUACAUACGCGCCACACAAUACGACGUUCCCACCCUUUUGUCACUUAUGGGAUAACACAUCCGUGAAAAAGGCGCUCACGCGAUUGAGGUUACCCUGCAUCGCCAGUGGCAACAGUGGCGAACCAAAAUAUCGGAGUGAUCGUACUCUACAAAAGCCAAUGUAUAUGCAACACUAGAUCACGUCUGAACUCACUUUGUCAUCGACAUGAUAUCGUACCAAUAAAUGUGUUCAUCUUAAACAGAGUGCGAGAAGUGCGUGUCAAGGUGUUUUCAUGAGAUCCCGUUGAAGCUGUAGAAAGCGAGGCAGGCAGAAACCCGCACUGUAUACCGAAGCUCCAGUUCAUUAGCUUUCUCCUAUUUCAGCCCUUGAUUAGCUGCGAUGCGGCAAGUGUUUGUUCGCUAAGUGCGUGCUUUUCUUAUAUCAAACGUGCUUGUUUAUAUGUGGCCUGAAUGAAUGCGAAAAAAAAUUAUUUACGUCACCAACGAAUGCGUCGUCUACCGGAUUUCUUCAUAAGUGCACAUUAACUAUUUAUCUGCAAUAUCUACCCGCAAUUGCUCACAGUAAACACCCAAAUCAAGUCAAAUAAAGCUGUGAUCGUAGAUUAUUUACCAAAAGUUAUGCGCUGCCGGGCAGCGGAUUCUGUGUCUUUGUCAGUUUUUUUUUUUCUAUUAUGGAUUUGUUAAAAUAGGUACACUUCCACUAGAGCUGAAGUGUCAUGAUGUGCAGUGAUGUGG